UUUUGGUGGGUUCUCCUAUAAGAUAAAGACUUAUCCCUAUUUCAUAUCCCUUCAAUUCUUUUCACUUCUUCAUCUUCUUCCCAUAUAUUCCUUCUCAUCUUAAACUAGCCCAAAUUUACUCCUUAAUUUGCUUAAUUUUGUAGUUGUUUUUCCCACUUUUUAGAGAUAUAUACAAAAAAUGGGAAAUUGUCAAGCCGUGGAUGCAGCAGCCUUGGUUAUACAACACCCAAAUGGAAAAGUUGAGAGAAUGUAUUGGCCUAUUACUGCUAAUGAAGUAAUGAAGAUGAACCCUGGUCACUAUGUGUCCCUUAUCAUUCCUAUAUCUAUGUCGGACGAAGAAGCCGGUCCUACUUCCGGAGAUAUGAAGAGGACUGUCCGUUACACUCGGGUUAAACUGCUCCGGCCUACUGAUACUCUCGUGUUAGGCCGGGCUUAUCGCCUUGUUACUUCACAAGAAGUUAAAAAGGUACUGAUGGCUAAAAAGUUGGCUAAGGAAAAGAUGAAUCAGAAAGGUUCAGGAAGUUCUGAUAAUAUGCAAACAAGUGAAGUAAAAGGAGAUGAAUCAGAGAAUAAUGAUCAGGAAUCAGAUCAAGACAAACAGAGAUUGGUAUCAAGAUCUAUGAGCUCGAGAUCGAAGACAUGGCGGCCAUCAUUACAGAGUAUUUCUGAGGCUAUGAGUUAAUUAGUAUGCAGAACAGAGAAAGGAGAUCAAUGGAGUUUAUGAGCUGCAGCCAGAAAAUAUGACUUUCCAAAAAUGGAAAGAAUUAACAGGAAAAAAAGAGAAGCAAAAAAAGGGGUACACAUGAAAAAAGUAACUCGUAGUACUGUGAAUCUCUAAUAUCCAAGCCCCUGGGAAAAGUAGGAAUCAUUCAGCAAAAAGGGCUGACUGUAAGUGAAUCUGGAAAUGUAAGCUUUGUAAUUUGUAAUGGAACUGAUUUUUCCUUCUCAAGAAUGACAUAAAUAUUUCAGUUUGUUCAAAGGAUCAUUUUGGGUGUAAGUAGGGCGAAUUCAGAACAUUAGUACAUGGUGGGCUGAAAACUUAUGUCUUUAUGCAUGUUGAACCGACUUGAUUGUCUUUCUUUAUUAUAUAUGAGUACAAUCAAUAAUCAAUAAAUCAAAUAAAAUAUAUGAAAUGAUUUGGGACACGUGUCA